CAAAUAGAAGCUAAAUUAAGAUAGUUUAGGAGUAGAAGUGGUUUAAAGCACAUUUGCAUCUAUAGGAGUCAAACAAAUUGUAAAGUAGUUUAAAAAAUGCUCAAAAAGUUAAAAUAAUCUCACAUAUGUUGUUGUUUUUUGAUCAAAGCUUGCAGAAAAUCGUGAAAAAACCUGAUUAAACCAGGUAGAUUAGUUUGAUGCUGGAUUAUAGGUUUGACCUCUGCACGUGCAGUGACCUCAGACAGCAUGCUUUGAUUUAGAGGUUUUUGGCUUAUAAAUUACUCACUUCCUGUGGCAACAGCACAUUAAAAAAAAAAAAAAUAGAAAUAACCCGGGGCACAAUAACUGACACAUCCCCGUUUUGGCGGCUGUGUCUCGCGCGAAUCCUGCCACCUGUUUUGGGAUCUGAUUUGGAUCCGUCCAAUGGGAGCAGCCGGCAGGUUUGAAGGCGGGGAAAGAGGCAGAGAAGUUGGAGGAGAGAGUGAGACGCGGAUUUGGAGAGACACACGCGCACAUUCAGCGCUAGUUGAUGUAGUCAUGUCUAUUUUUUAGUUUUAUUUUUACAGACUUUUUUUUCUUACCCCUCCUCCCUGCUGUUUGUUGAGACCGCGCGCGCGCGCGCACCGGAAGGCUCAUCAUUUUGGUUUGAUUUGUGAAUCUGCCGUUAAUGCCGCUGCACAUUUUCUGGAGCGCGCAGCCACAGGUUGGCUGAUCUAAUCCAGCCACCAUGGAUUACGCUUCCUCCCCGUCUGGUGCCGAUCGCCCCUGACCGGAUCGAACCCCCCAUCGACCCGAACUACGAUGAUUGAGGGAGACACGGACUGAUCGGUGGGAGUGUGAGCGGCGUCUGUGGACAGCGACGCGCCAAUUCGAGGAGGAGGAGGAGGACCUGUGGAGGACCUAAAAGGAGGCGAGGCGAGAAGAUAAUGGGAUGGAUGUGGAGACAUGAGAAAGAAAAAGUGUGGAGGUCUGUUUCCAACCAGCCCGUGACUGAAGACUAUUAACCUGGGGACAGAACCAGAGAGAGAAGGUCGGAGACAGGUGCUGACCAUGGAGCCUCCCCCAUCUCUGAGCUUGGCUCUGCUGGGAGGCAGUGAGGAUGAGGAUCAGCGCUUCCUUCUUCCCCUAGGAGGCAUAUCCCAUCCCUCCACCGCCGGCAACCAGCCAGGAUCAAACCACUCCAACCACAUGGGAGGUUCCAGCCUCGACCGCCUAAAUGGCAGCACCCCAACGCCGUCCCCCGCCACGCCCAGCUUGCCUCCAGCGUCCCUCCCCAAGCUGCCCCUAUCCUCCUCUGGAACCCAUCCUCCCACGCCCAUCCCCAACGCCCUGCACCCCACCAGCACCCCGCUGUCCUCCUGCCUGGGCUCGCAGCACAGCCUGAGUGGGGAGAACUCCCCAGUUUACAACGCCCUGUUUUACUCCUCCCACUCGCCCUCCAUGGAGCGGGAGAAGGACAGAGAGCGUGACAGAGACAGAGACAGGGGGAGCAAACACAGACAGGCCAGCCCUCUGGUUCACCGCAGAGACAGUAACCCCUUCACAGAGAUCGCCAUGAGCUCCUGUAAGUACACGGGCGGGGUCAUGAAGCCCCUGAGCCGCCUGAGUGCCUCCCGCAGAAAUCUUAUCGAAUCGGAAAGCAGCAGCGAAACCAAAGAGGGCGCCGUUUCAGCCGUGGCUGGGUUGUCUGCCGCCGGAGGACACGACAGACAGAGAGACGCACCUUCUGCCUGCUCAGUGACCCAGUCCUCGACCAACCAACCCCUAAUUCAAAGCCCCCCAGAAAUUGUAAUUUCAUCCAAAGAAGACUCGACAUACCCCAGAGGAGGGUAUGACAUCACUGACUCCUCAUCCAACCAAAUGUCCAUCUAUCACCAGAACCACGCUCUGGUGGAAAGCAGGCGGGGGCAGCCUGGACGGGGCAGCAGGCAGGCAGGGGUUGGGGCGGCGAGCACCGGAGCCCGGGGGAGCACAUCCAAGGCUCCCAAACGAAAGAACCAAAACAUUGGCUACAAGCUGGGACAUCGCAGGGCGCUGUUCGAGAAGAGGAAGAGGCUGAGCGACUACGCUCUCAUCUUUGGGAUGUUUGGGAUCGUCGUCAUGGUGAUUGAGACAGAGCUGUCCUGGGGCGUGUACAGUAAGAGCUCCAUGUAUUCUCUGGCCCUCAAGUGUUUGAUCAGCCUCUCCACAGUCAUCUUACUGGGACUCAUCAUAGCCUACCACGCGCGAGAGGUUCAGCUUUUCGUCAUCGACAACGGCGCGGACGACUGGCGAAUCGCCAUGACGAUGGAGAGGGUUCUGCUGAUUGCUCUGGAGCUGCUGGUGUCCGCGGUGCAUCCGGUGCCGGGGGACUUUAAGUUUCAGUGGCGGGCACGGCUGGCCUUCUCGUACGCGCCUUCGCAGGCCGAGGCGGACCUGGACAUGGUGCUGAGUGUGCCCAUGUUCCUGCGCCUUUACCUCAUUGCCAGGGUCAUGCUUCUGCACAGCAAACUCUUCACCGACGCCUCCUCUCGGAGUAUAGGUGCCCUAAAUAAGGUCCAUUUUAACACGCGGUUUGUAAUGAAAACCCUCAUGACCAUUUGCCCCGGAACGGUGCUGCUGGUAUUCAGCAUCUCUCUUUGGAUUAUUGCUGCCUGGACCGUACGUGUGUGUGAGAGGUAUCACGAUGCACAGGAUGUGACCAGCAACUUCCUGGGAGCCAUGUGGCUUAUCUCAAUCACUUUUCUAUCUAUUGGAUAUGGAGACAUGGUUCCACAUACCUACUGUGGCAAAGGAGUGUGUUUGCUAACAGGCAUCAUGGGUGCCGGCUGUACAGCUCUGGUGGUUGCCGUGGUAGCCAGGAAGCUGGAGCUGACCAAAGCUGAGAAGCAUGUGCACAACUUCAUGAUGGACACGCAGCUCACCAAGAGGAUAAAGAACGCAGCAGCAAAUGUGCUGAGGGAAACCUGGCUCAUCUACAAGCACACCAAGCUGAUGAAGAAGAUCGACCACUCCAGGGUCCGCAAACACCAGCGGAAGUUCCUGCAGGCUAUUCAUCAAUUACGCAGUGUGAAAAUGGAGCAGAGGAAGCUCAGCGAUCAGGCCAACACACUAGUGGACCUCUCGAAGAUGCAGAGUGUCAUGUAUGAGCUCAUGUCGGAGCUCAAUGACCGCAGCGAGGACUUGGAGCGACAGAUGCUGUCCCUGGAGCAGCGGGUGGAGCAGCUCACUGCAGGAUUUAACGCCCUUCCUGCACACCUCUCUGCAACCCUCAGUGCCCAGCAUGCCGCCCUGGUUCAGCUGCUCCGAGAGAGGGAUGCGAGGGAUGGUAGGGGGGGAGGUGCAGUGGUCCCGCUGUCCCCAUCCUCAACCACUGCACCAGCUACAGCCUCUUCAGUCCAGGUUGCAGCUCCCGCACCACCCCUUGCACAGGUCUCUGCUUUAUCCCUAGAGUCCCCCUUGUCACCACCGCCACCCUUAAGCCCAGACGGGAGCCUGGAGGCCAGUCCCAAACCCAACACCUGCACCUCUAGCUGCUGAGGACAGCUCUGAGAAGCAGUGAAGGACAAACAUGGGAGCAGAAGACGACGGAGAACAGAAAGUCUGUUCCCAUUUACUAACAUCAGACUACAGGAGAGAAAUGAGGGAGGACAAAAGAAAUUUUUGGAGAUCCUCUGAAAUCAUCGCUCCACGAAGAUGAGACAAAGAUAAACUAAUGGGAUUAAGAUGGAGGGCCAGUCAGAGCAAUGAGAUAUGUUCGGGACUUUGGGGGUGCUUUCUUAAUGAAGGAAGGAGAAGAUAAAUGGAGACUCUAAAAGGUGUGAGGGGGAGGUAAGAUGACAAGAGGGUGAGAAAUGAGAGGAGGGGGGAAGGAGUUUCUAAGAAUAAUUACACAAACUCCUAAAUGGAAUCCUCUCAAAUUGUUCCAAAAGGCCUUUUAUUCUCUGGAUCUCUUUCUCCUCUUUUUUUUCUUCUCAUUUUUGGAAUCUUUCGCUCCCUUCAUCAGGAAUUAAUGUCCAUGACUUUUUAUCCUUAUGAUGUAUUUUCUAUCUGAAUGCUAAUUGUGUGUUAACAAGCAUCCCUUUAACAGAAGGUUUGAUCAAUAUGGCCGUGGUAUUUAAAAAAAAAAAAAAAGUCUAGCAGCAUGCACUACACACACAUGCAACACAAGUUACCAACAUAAUCAUACAAUCUUUCAUAAUGCAGGCCCUACUACACACAAUAAUAAAUUGAAUGCACUAGCCUACAUGAUAACCCUAAAGCCUAUACUGCCAAACAUUUGAUGCACUGUCUAUCUCCAUAUUGAAGCACUGCCAAACAAUAUAGACACACUGUAAUGAGAAAUGCUCAUCUCGACUAUUCAUCUUGUGCAUGUGGAAGCUCAUGCCACACGUUUAGGCUGCGACGCACAGUUGUGACAUUUUAAAACUCAGGCUAGAGAAUUGUAAGCGAUCACUGAGCUCCACAAAUUACAAAUGAAGCUGAGAUAAGCAGGGCAUGAGUCACCUUAGUGUUUAUAAUAUGACAACAGCAGGAAUCCAUUUCUAUAUCUUAAAGUCCCACUCCAAUCAUUUUUUAACUAUUUUGAAAGCGUUCCCAGUGGUUUUUAAUUAUGAUUAUGCUGUUUUUAGUCAAAAUUUUAGAAAACUGUCAUUUUCUAGGACAUAGUUUUUGCAGAGCGGCAAGAGUUCAUUAGAAAUUUACCUCUGAGUUGUGAGCAGAAUUGUUGGAGGGGAAUAAGCCCUCCCCUAUUUCCCAUCAUCCAUCUCUUUAGGUGCUCUCCCACUAGCUUACCAUUCCUAACAACCCCAACAUAACAUUACCAGUGCAACAAGAUUCCAGCUCGGUGGAGGAAAACGAAGAUGUACAUGGACUUAUUUGUCUACAAGCGGAUGCAUCGGAAUGGAGUGAAACAGGGAGCUUAUGGCCUGCCGACUGUUGCUUCUACAUCAAUGCUACAACUUUUUCCAACAGGAUUUUUUAUCUGCUCCUGAUUUACAACAAUUUGAAUAAAUACAUGUUUAAAAAUGCAAUUUUAGGCUUAUGUCCUCCAUCAUGAGAAAAAUACCACAAGAACAUGCUAAAAACACCAAAAUCUUAAGUUUUAUUGGAGUGGGUCUUUAAAAAGCAGAUUGGAUUUAAGUAAUAAUUUUGUGAAAGUUUAGCUUUUUUCACUUGAGAUGAGGCUGCGAUACUGUUCUCUGCUGACAAAAAAUGACUUUUAAUGUAUGUAUGAAAUGCUUUUGUUUUUUGCUGUUAAUUUUUGAGAACAAAUGCAAACUUUGGUUUAAAUCGCAUUUUGAAUUAAUUUCAAAGAUGACAAAAAUGACAUACAUUGGAUCCAAAAGUCAGCUUUUUUGCACAUACAUAAAACUCCACAUUUAGCAAAAGUUUAUUACAUUAUUUAGUUAACAAAUAUUAAAUAUAACAAUAAAAAAUUUAUUUAACAAUACAAAAUGUCUUUACUUGCCUAAAAGAUUAAUUAACUGUGAUAAGUGAUCUAUUAUUUUUGUAUUUAAAGACAUAUCUUCCCCUGACAUUCAAAACUUCCUUUGGUGUUUCACCACAGAUUAUCUUUAUCCAAGCAUGGAUCUUUCCAUUAAAAUCACUUUACUGCCAAUUCAUGUUAGGAUUGCAGUCCCAAAACAGCUCCAUGUUAUCAUGAAUGUAUUUUAUGUAAAGAGAAAUACACCCUUACUGGUGGGAUCACCAACUGCCACAGACACAUACAGAUACACACACAUUCACUUAACUCUACAACCAAAGUGCUCUCUCUUAAAUGGACUUCAAUAGGAAGCAGGGAACACUGCUGUCACAGGGGAGAAAAGAUGGCAGGAGAAGGCGUUGCAGAUAUUUUUGACAAUAUAUCUGAGGGAAUAACUGUGAAAAAAAUAUAGGCCUAUAUGCAGGGCUGCACUUGUUAAAGUGCAGUGCCUUGCUGUAGAAGGAGGUGGAAUGUGGAUACAAAAUAAGGGAACACAAAUAAACCUUACAAAGGAUCAAUGGCCAUGAAGGAACAGCUGUUCAUGACAUAAAAAUAUAUCUGACAGGAAUUUUAAUAGCUCGAGAAAAAGAGACAAGCCUACUUUUUGCUUUGAAAACAAUACCGAAAACUAUGUUAUAGCGACAUGCUGUGGCCGGAAUACUGAAUUACAUGCGCUUGGAAAAUUGUACAGUAUGCUCUUAACGAAACCUAGCUUUGUAAUGCUUAGUCUUUUUUACCAUUAUGAUUAAACGCAGUUACAGCUGAUAUCUUACAUUAUUAAACUAUAGUAUUCUUCUCAUUCGUCAUGACAAUUAUGAUAUAUGUAUUAUUAAUAAGUAAAUUUAUGAAUACGGAAAGUGCCGUUUAAGGUUGAAAUUAUUUUGUAAUUUUAUUUUAUCAGAGAGAACUAAUAAAGUAUAUAUCUAUAACAUCAAAGCUUCCAUGAUUUCUGGGUCGCAGUUAUUAAGUCAUUUGUUGGUGUUUAUCGUAUUUCUUUCUGUUUAUUCGUUAGCCAUUUUUAAAAAGUACAAAAUGGCUCGAGCGCUAAACGCUUACCGGGGUUACCGUGGAAUUUUCCAGCUACGUCAUUUGUGAUGGGAUUUUCGAGGCACGCGCUUCUCGCAGAAAUGUUUGCUAGCUAGCUAGAAUUUACUUCCGCAAAACGGCGUAUUUGAAAAAAAAAAUCAAAAAUACAUUUGAAGAAGUUCUACUACCUUUAAAUUUAAAUAUUAACAAUUUUAUUAUAAUUUAAUUAUGUUUUCUAUUAUAUACUGAAGAAAUACUAUAGUUUUCAGAUUUGAUGAAAAGUUGUUAUAUAUAUCAAAGGUAUAGCUUUAAACUGUAGCUGACAGUGAAAAUAAAACAAUGAUGUAUAUGCCAGUUGGUCCUAAGCUUGAGAUCAUCUGGAUUUUAUGGCAAAAGCUUUAUAGGACCUAUGCAGGGCUUACAAUGAUUUACUUUUGACAUAAAAACAAAAGUAGAUUUAAUAUAAAGCACAUGUUAUUUAUUAAUAGGGUACUUGUGGCUGUAGAAACAGCUCAAAGUUAACUCAAUAUGGAGCAUUCACUGAUUCAGCAGGAGAGCUCGGUUCUACGUGUUUUUUUCUUCUUCAGUAAUUUGAUUCAAAAGGUACAGAGGUUUUGUGGGAUUUUUUUUUUCUUUCAAUUUCAUAUGACCUUUUGAUGGAGAAGUUUAAAAUCAAAUCUGCCAAAGAGCAAACAUGGUGGGCUGCAUUUGUUAUGUUUUUUCCUCAUCUUUUGUCAAAGCAGUUCUCAUUUUUUUGGAUCUAUAAUUCAAUGCCAAGCAGUAUGUCCUAAGUUUAGUGAAACUGCAACAUCUUAAAAAUAAAACAAACUUAUAGGA